AUAUCGCAGUAACGCAGUUUCCUAUUCUUGUGUGUUGCGCUUUGUUGUGUCCGUCGUCUCAUCCGGAACGGCUUGUAGCGUGCACAAAUCAAAACAAAUAAAACAAAACCGAAAGAGAGAGGCGAUCUACCAUUUUUUUUUAUUACUACCCGUUUUCCCCGUGACUGUGUGCAACUCACGUGCCUGUUCGACGUUUGCUCCUGUUCACUGUUCAUUGCUGUAUCUGGGAUUAUGUUAUAAUAAUAACGAAGCUGCAGCUGACGGUUAAAAAACACUUCUUGAUCAUAACCGAUUGCCUGGUUCUUUGUCAUAGUGUUGUACGAGUUUCUCUUGAUAGACGUAAAUAAUCAACAUGCCGGCUUCCGGUCCUGUUUACCAACCAACGACUGUCAGCUACGAACAACAAACUGAAUGGUCACAACCACCAAAUGGCUUUUUCAAUCGCGCUAUGAAUCAUAUUCGUAACCCAAAAUGGUUUCAUUGGUCGUUCAUUUUAAUAAGCUGGAUUCUGAUUGCUGUUGGAGUGUUUUUAUUCUUGGCAGUCACCACUAAUUUCAUACGAUCUGAGGAUGUAAAAGACAACUACACUGAAGAAAUAGCGUUCCUAGUUAUUGGAUCAUUUUGCUUUGUCUUUGGUAUUGUCUUAUUAAUCGGUUACUUCCGUUACAUUAAAGACAAAGAAAACUGUCCGUGCUUCAACAGCAAAGCUCGGCAAAUGGAAUCGCAAGCUUCCAAUGGACAGGUUUUGACGUUAAAUCCUUCCACGGAUCUUCUAAUGGCGUCUGCUCAGUAUGGACCAACAUCAGAAGCUCCGCCAACUAUUGUAGAAGAAGACGAAACAAGAAAGUUAAUGGGAAAUGACAAUAAAGAUUGUAAUGACGAAAGGGAGCAUAUGUUAAGCACGAGUAAUCCGCCUGUGGCGGCACUCCGCACACAUGCGCCAGGCGGUGCUUCACCACUCUCUGGUGAAGAUGCUUGACUUGAGGCCAAUUUCGCCGACUCUCUGUCGGGUAUCAAUGAUUAUUAUCACAAAUACGACAUUCCUUUACUUCGCAACCAACGCUAUUCGCCUGAAACGCCCAUCCAUGUAGCACGUCCGGGUUGGACUGCACCCCUAGCGCUACAUGAUGAUUUGACACCGUCCAUAUGUUCUUCAGUUUGUAGCCUAGACAAGGCGAAAAACUGACCCUAUAAUACAUUCCAUGAAGUCGAUGACUUUUUUUUUUUAAAAAACAACAUAUUUAUAAAUAUACUUAAACACGCACAUUUUGUUUAACGAUUGCUGACAACUGUGUGCACAAUGACUUUUUUACAUUUAUUUUACGGUCAAUGGUAUUAUUAUUUUUUAAUUGUAUUUGUAAAAAUUGUCUUUUCUAUUUUUUCAGUACUUAACUUAAAUUGUGUAUAUAACCGAUGAAAUUGUAAAGUUUCUAUUUUAAGUCUUUAAGCAAACCUUUUUAUUAUUGUUAAAUAUUUGCAUAUUUUUGAAUGUGAAGUUAAUUAAAAAUUAAUUGUAUCUUACAAGUUUUACUUCAUCACAUAUUUAUUGUAUACGAAUGAUUGACAUCUAGUUAUAGUAAGGACAAAGUUAUAUUAUUUAAAAAAA